UCCAAGGCACACGCGUCCUCGGUCGGGGCGGCUUUGACGGGAUGACGAGUGACGAAGACCCCGAGAGCGCCCUCCCUGACCCCCAGGGAGGGGAGGAGAGCGAGCUGCCUGUUAUCCAGCUGUGCGGGCUGGUGGAGGAGCUCAGCUAUGGAAACUCUGCUCUCAAAACUGAGACAGAGAUGUUUGAGAAAUAUUACACUAAACUGGAGCCCAGGGAUCAACACCCUCCACGCUUAUCAGAUAUUAAAUUAUCUGCAGCAGAAUUUGCACAGUUACGGGGCAGGCGAAGAUCCAGGACCCGCACUGGUAUGGACCGUGUGGUAGGCCUCAGUGUCGACCAAAAACUCGAGCUUGUACAAAAGGAACUGGAAGACACAAAGGAUGAAAUAAGUCACAUGAGGGCAAACGCAGAACGGGACCUGCAACAUCAUGAGGCUAUCAUCGAGGAAGCUGAAAUUCGAGGAGCUGAAGUUCAGAAAGCAGUACAUGACUUUGAAAAAGACAUUCUAAAAACCAUAUCCAAGAAGAAGGGGAGUAUUCUGGCCACUCAGAAAGUGAUGAAGUACCUCGAUGACAUGAACCGCCGGAGGGAUAAUAUGAGGGAUAAAUUACGUUUGAAAAAUGUUUCUCUCAAAGUUCAAAGGAAAAAAAUGCUUUUGCAAUUGAAGCAGAAGGAAGAGGUGGGCGAGGCCCUCCACAAUGUUGACUUUCAGCAGCUGAAGAUCGAGAAUGCUCAGUUUUUAGAGACAGUUGAAGCAAGGAAUCAAGAACUGAUCCGGCUCAAGAUGGCCUCUGGAAACACCCUGCAGAUGCUCAACACGUACAAAAGCAAGCUUCAUCGAGCAAUGGAAAUAUAUGUCAAUCUGGACAAAGAGAUCUUGCUGAGAAGUGAGCUACUUGACAAAAUUCAAAAAGAAACCCUACAAGUGGAGGAGGACCGGGCCAAAGCUGAGGCUGCGAACAAGAAGUUGCGGAGGCAGCUGGCAGAGUUCCGAGCGCCCCGGGUGAUGGUGUACGUCCGGGAGAAGAUCCUCAAUGGGGACCUGGAGAAGAGCAUCAAGAUGUGGGAGAGGAAAGUGGAGAUCGCAGAGAUGUCCUUAAAAGGCUACCGCAAAUCUUGGAAUAAAAUGAAAACAACCAAUGAGUAAUCGCAGGCAAUUUGGCCUCUGGGAAGCAGCCAGAGGCAGGCCCUGGCUGGCAGACCAAGAAGUGAUCCAUUAAAGCAACCAGCUCUUUUCUAGUCACGGGGUCUUCUCACUGCUCCCUGUGCUGGCUGGUGUCCCCGACUCCCCAGCCAGGCUGACCGUCAUGUCCCGGGCCACAUCUGCCCACAGGGAGUGUUUUCACAGCCUGGCCCCUGGAACCAUUAACACUGAAAGAACCACAGGGCACUCUAAUAGUUUGGCACUUGUAAGCCCACAUUUAGUUCACAAGCACAAAUUUUGAAAGUGACCUUCCCGCAGGUGGGAGUGGGACAGAGGAGGGAGAGCCGGCCCCGUGUGUGCUGUGGGCCUAUCUGUGGCACCCAGGUGUGGAACUAUCAAAACCAGACACCCAAACAGCAUGGUGAAUGCCUGGCACUCACCAUUCUGAGCUUACUCUUCAGCGUGGUGAGUUAGCUCCUAGACUAGACACCGCCACAAAAGAAUGCAAGCACAAAGAAAACGGAGAACAUUUCUUGGGGCUGAUGCAACCUGUUCUGGCCUGCGAUAGACCCACCCUGCCCAGCCUCCCCUCCGUAAUAGUCAUAGUACGCGGGUUGUAUGGCCUGCUCAGAGGAACUGCGCGGCUCCCCCAGGCUCUUUUCCCUGAAGUCUAGACUGUCUCUAGAGCUGUUUGCUGGCCAUGGAUGCAUGGUGGUCUUUGUUUGGGACCAUGCGACAUGGUCCAGCUGAAUGUGCACACUUUGUGUCACGACACCGUGACGCUGCGACUCGUCCUUGGGGAAAGACAUCAGCUCCUCCCAGUGGUGGAGGGAAGACAGGGGAGGACUGGCCCUUCUCGUCUUGGACGUGAUCCAGUCGCUGUAGUCUUCCACCUUGGUGUAUAGAAACAGGCCAGGGCAUGGCUCGCCACCUUCGGUCAGGACUCCCCUCAGGACCCACAGAUCCGACCGCUGUAGCUGGCACAUAAUCGGGUUUCCUGGUUCUCCCUGUGACAAAGGACAAAAGGCUUCAGGUCUCGGGAAAAUGUGUUUUCUUUUUCAAUACAUC